AUUCAAGAUUCUCAACUACUAAAGCGAUCGAAGAAGGGAACUAAAAACCAAGCCAGUGUCUCACUCUCACCCCAGAAACUCAUUGUUGUGUGGCACAACAAACUUCACCAAUGAUGAAAGCCCUCACAAGCUCUUGUUCUAAGGCCAUGGUCGAGACUCUAGGACCCUUCUCUCCCAGAGUUCCCCUUUGUGUUUCUGAUAGACCCGAAUUCUGCUUCACCCUUCGUUCCAAAAAUGAGAAAAAGGGAUGGAAUUUAUUGCUCCUGAAACUGGUUCGAAACAAUGAUCUUUACCCUGUUCAUGCAGUGCCACCAAAGGACCAGGUGGACUUGGAGACUGUGGAGCCUCAGGCUCAACAAAGUGAACAAACAAAUGAAUCAAAGUUUGUUCAUGUAUCGUUCCAGUUAGAAAAGAGUUGUAAUUUUGGUGAACAGUUUCUUAUAGUUGGAGGUGAUCCUGUGCUUGGUUCAUGGGACCCUUUAGAGGCAUUACCCAUGACAUGGUCUGAAGGACAUGUAUGGGCUGUGGAGCUGGAUAUGCCUGCUGGACAAACAUUCCAGUAUAAGUUCAUACUGGAAGGAGAAGGGGGGGAUAUUAUUUGGCAGCCAGGGUCGGAUCGAUUGAUCCACACUUGGGAAACUAAGAAUAGAAUAGUUGUUCUCGAAGAUUGGGAGAAUGUAGAACUUCAGAAAAUAACAGAGGAAGAUCAACUUGCCGAGCCAAAUGAGGAACCCCAGGUUGACUUUGAAGUGCCAACUUUAGCUGAAUUUCUUAAUAAUCCUCAAGAAGAACUGGAUUCCAAAGCAUCGGAAAUAUCGUCUGUAGAAGAUACCCAAAUUCAGUCUGUGGAGGAACCACUUGCUGAAACAGUUCGGCAACAAAUCACUGAGGAAGAUCAACUUGCCGAGCCAAAUGAGGAACCCCAAGUUGACUUUGAAGUGCCAACUUUAGCUGAAUUUCUUAAUAAUCCUCAAGAAGAACUGGAUUCCAAAGCAUUGGAAAUAUCAUCUGUAGAAGAUACCCAAAUUCAUGCUGUGGAGGAACCACUUGCUGAAACAGUCCGGCAACAAAUCACUGGUAAUAGUAUUUCUUCCUCAAUGGAAAAGCCAAUGUCUAUUGUUGUAGAAAACAUAAGUUCUUCGGGGGAUCUCAUCAGCAGUAUAAGCCACAAAAGUAAUAAAAAGAGUAUACUUCAACCAAGUGAAGAAUCUGCAGAUAGUCCAGGAAAUGAUGAUAUAAUACAUGAUCUUGGUCAAAAUGGAAAUCCUGCAUCACUGGAGAACCAGGAAAAGACAAUUGUGGAAAGCAGCUUAUUUGAUCUUGAAGAAGGUCCUGUUCUUGUACCUGGCUUACCAAUACCACCAACUGAGCCAACUGAUGAAGCAGACCAAGGUGAAGUUCAAGAAACGACUAAAAAGGACACUUCAGUUGAAGCUUUUGAAACUCAGGAUCAGAACAUAGCUAAGUUCAGUAAGGAGGAAGAAACUGAUGAUGCCAUACCCCAAGAGAUAAAUGCAACCAUCAAUAAUGGACCAGAGCUGCUUUACAAUAAACAACAUGAAGAGUCUCAUUUGUCCCCAGAAAUGGAAGACUGGCCAAACUACGAGCCAGAUGAUGACAAUACCGUGCAAAAUGACAUCAAAUGGGGCCAAGACACGGUAAACAAGUUUCUAACAAAACUUGGAUUCUUUUGAUGGCAAACUUUAAAGAACCAAGGGAAGAAAACUUCAUUGAAACUGGUCAUGAGUUUUGUGAUCAUUCUGAUCCAUUUGCCAAAAUUUUGAUUUUCCUGGUAAAUAUGGCAUGUUAUGUGAUGAUGGUUGUUGAGUGUAUGCUAUGCUGCCAUGUACUUACAUUGGAAUAAUUCUUUCAGUUUUGGCCACUUCUGUAAUCUGUAUAGUACUAGGAGUUUCAUGGGCGAUAGAUAGCGCAUCUGCUGUAUAUCAUAUCAUAGUGAUAGUGAUUUGUAACAUGUAUCUGUUGUAAUAAGUUCUAUGAAAUGCUUCUAAUUUCUAUCUUUUUCCUA